CUUCCAUUGAAUUUCAAAUGUCACAAUAAAACAGUGACGACGAAAGAUAUACACGAGCAAAAACAAAAUACUCGCACUUCUGGAUCUCUGUUUUUAUUAAUUUUUUUCUGUGAAAUUUCUGUUUGACUCAAUUGAAACGCAUUAAAAUAAAACGAUGCGUAGCUAUCUCUUGCUAAUUACGACCUAAUAACUGUGCCCAUUCUCAUCAUUAUAUGUGUGUGGACUGAAUUAACGCACUGUUGAAAUGUGAAACACUGGACAGAGUGCAUUACAAACGCAGAAUCUCAUUACACAGAAAUUCAAUAAUCUCAUAAUAAUUGCUGGUCAUCAUAUAUUGCAUUAUGUGAAGGUAUACACUUCAGCCAUGCACUUCCUUCUGUGCUCUACGUACAUUCCUUUGUUUAAUUUCAAUUCACUAAGCAUCGUGUUACGCGAUAAUAAAUUAACGAAACAUUUUUAUCUAAAGCCUUAGCUCAAAUAGCUACGAAAACAAAAAUGUGAAAAGUCUUUGUGUGCUUUAUACUGUCGUUGUUCUCGGUACGGUGAAGGCACUUAGCACUUUAGUGGUUCCAGUGGUUCUUUGUUUAAAGCGAAUUUAAAUUUAAAAAAAGGCAACGAUCUGACGAGAAACAAAAAGGUUGACCAUGACAUGGGAACAUCUUCAACGAGGCUCCAGUCCUGUGGAUUGGUGCGAAGGGAACUAUCAAAUAUCGCCCAAUAUCGCUGAAUUUGUGAAUACGUUCAGUAACUUCAUCUUCAUCUUAUUCCCGCCCAUCCUAAUCCACCUCUUCAAAGACUAUGGCUAUUUCAUCAAUCAGGGCAUUCACAUCAUUUGGGUGCUGCUGAUAAUUGUAGGUUUAAGCUCAGCAUACUUUCAUGCAACGUUAAGUUUAAUCGGUCAACUGUUGGAUGAAGUCGCCAUAUUAUGGGUUUGUUCGGCCGCUUUUUCGAUGUUUAGUCCGAAGGCAUUGUUCCCGAAAUUCCUAAAAGGAAACAGGAAUAAAUUCAGUGCCGGUAUUGCUAUCAUCACAGCAAUUUGUACAGUACUCUCUGUUUGGCAGCCUGCAGUCAAUGCAUUCGCUCUGAUGUUUUUAGUGAUACCAGCCACAAUCAUGCUGUACAACGAACUGAGAGUCCAAAAGUGUGAACGAGUUAUACGGUUGGGCAUUCGCUGUUGCAUGGUACUAUGUGUGGCUCUAAUUUGUUGGCUAACCGAUCGAUUUUGCUGUGAUACAUGGUUCGGUGAACAUUUUCCGUAUUUGCAUGGCUUCUGGCACAUUUUCAUAUUCAUUGCAUCCUAUACGGCAACGGUGCUGUUUGCAUAUUUUGCCGUACAGAAUGACUACGUGGAUCGAGUGGCCGAGCUGAAAUAUUGGCCGGUGAAUAGUUUUGAAUUUGGUAUACCGUAUGUGUCGGUAAGAAUCAGUGGCAAGGACCACAAUAUUUAGGAUUGAGGACGAAGGGAGGGUUUUUAUUUAGAAGAUAAAGAAGGAAAAUAUUUAUUUUUUACUGAUAAUGUAGACUGUUCGUUUUCAAUUGAGAUUGUAUGAUUGCUCAAAGAGACAUUUUAUUGAAAUUAGAGGAUAAGGAGAAAGGAUUUAA